UCAUCUCAACUUGUCCGCUAGCCUCUCCUCUCCCUCCUCACAUGGCUCCGAGACUAUGGGCACGCCUCCUAACGACGUCAUCUCCCUCACCUCCAACGGUAACGGCAAGCGGCCCGCUUCUUCAAACAGCAUGGACAGUCACAACAAAAGGGCGCGUCAGGACAACGACGACGAGGCACAAAGCCCGAGCACCGAGAAGGGUGACGAGACUAAGGCCAAGCCAACGCGUGGAGCGAGGGCUUGCACUGUGUGCCGGCGACUCAAGAUGAAGUGCGUCGGGGCCGAGAAUGGACCCCCUUGUAAACGGUGCCAGACAGGUAACCAUGAGUGUAUCUUUGAGGAGUCAAACCGCGGGAAGCGUUCCACCAAAAAGCACGAGAUCCUAACGCGCUCUUUACGCAAGAUGGAGCGGACCCUUGACACAGUGCUCCGCUCUCUCGGCAAUCCAACGCUCGCCGCUGGGAUUCUUUCUCGGUCGCCCUCGCCGUCCCUCCAGACGCAGAAUACCCAGGCCCUGAUCAACUCGCCGUCCCCUCCGCCUUCUCCCGAGCGUCGACAUCAACAUGCUUCUUCCUCUUUCAGUGGACCUCCAACGUCGCCCAAGAUGCAUUCGCUUCCCGACAAUGCAUUGAACCCGUUGGGCUUGCUUGCCGAGGCCAGCUUGGCCAACCGAAGGUCACAGGCGUCCUCCAAGUCCGCCUCCGGAGAUGCAUCGAACGAGAGGGUCGGCGUCGCCAGCGAUGUCUACUUCAAGCCUGGUCCUAUGACGCUCUUGCCACUACGGCGACUUUAUAUCGAGCGACAAAUUCAGCCGGAGAUGUUGAGCUUUGUCAGCACGGAGGAGGUCGUUGCGUUGUUUAAAAUCUACUUUGAUCAUCUGAAUGUACAAGCCUCUUUCCUCGACCCUGACUUCCACACACCGUCAUUGGUUUGCUCGCGUUCCCCCUUCCUCCUGACUUCCAUCUGUGCGGCGGCAUCUCGGUUUUACGAGGGCCGCCCUGAGCUCCACACAAAGCUUUCGGAGCUCGCGAGGAAGCUCGCGUUCCAGGUGCCGGCCCGCGGAUACAAAUCCGUCGAGAUCGUGCAGGCGUACCUCAUCAAUGUGCUUUGGGGUUGUGGCCCUGUGCAACGGUACGAGCAAGACCAAACAUGGAUGCUCCUCGGCAUGGCUAUCAGGAUGGCUACCGACCUGAACCUGCAUCGCCGUUCGGCGGCUACGAGUCCCGACACGGCAGAAAGGCGUGCGCGCGACCGCGAGGUACGCAAUCGCGAACGCACAUGGAUCAUCUGCUUCUGCCUGGACCGCUCGUUUAGUGCGCAGAUGGGCAAGCCAUAUUCAAUCAAAGAAGACUACAUGAUUCGCAACGCACUCCAAUGGGCUCGCUCUCCGGGUUCGAUAUCGUCUGAUAGCGCCCUGGCUGGCUACGCGGACCUACAGCGCAUCUUGACGCGCAGCUUGGACCUUCUGUACUCGGGUACCGCGAACUCGUCUGGUCUGCAGACCGACUGCGAUUUCCUGCUCGUCAUCAAAACGAUGGAGACUCAACUGCUCGCCUGGCAUCACGAAUGGGUCACUUUGGGUAAGAUUGCUGGCGAGAACGAGUACACCAUUCAGUACCGAAUGUUGAUUGCCAACUUCUACUUCCAUUACGCCAUGCUCACCAUCAACGCCUUCGGCCUCCAAAACGCCCUCGAGCGCUCCGCGGUCGACAUCGGGCACUUUUUCGCGCGCUGCCACUCCUCGGCUGUGAGCUGCGCUACCAUUCUUCGCGACGAGAUGGGCCCUAUGGGCUACCUCAAGUACGCCCCGGACUCGACUUAUGUCAUGGGCUCCUACGCGGUGCUCAGCUUGCUCAAGCUCAUCCGACCCGAGUUCCAAGCGUUCUUGGAUCACGAGCAGAAGACCAUUGCUAUCGUGACAGACAUCGCGAACACGUUCGACAGAGUGGCGGUCGGUCCCAUGCACACGCCGGCGCUAUACAGCUGCUUCCUUCGCGCGCUCAUCAACUCGCGCACGGACGGCUCGGGCAACCAGGACGGGCAGCAGGCAGACGGGGACCUGGCGCACGCAGAUCCGCAGCUGUCGUCUGGCUCGUCCUUUGCCGCACAGCAUGCCCAUGCCAAUGGGCACGCUAACGGGCACGUCACCACGCUCUCGGGCGAUGCCCUGGAGAACUAUGCGUAUACCGGGGAGAUGGGGCCCGUCGUGGACAUCUCGACGUUCCCACCUACGAUGGCCCCGACGUCGGCGGGGAUCGACAUGAGCAUGUUGUCGAUGGAGAGCAUCCUGACGUCGGAGUUCUGGGACAGCGUGCUUGUGCCAGGCUCGUCGAACUCCGUCGAGAGCUUGAGCGGCGGGUUCGUGUAUGGUGCUGGUGGGAGCGGGUUUAUCACACCGCGGCUGUGGAUGUCUCCUCUGCCGUCGGCGGUUGGCUCGCCUGUGCGUCAAGCGCAGCACCAUCAGCAUCACUCACAAGAGCCGCGGGCCGACCUUGCGCUCGACGGUCCCCUGGACGGUCAGCAGCCUUCCGCUACCCAAGUAGGCGCAUGAGUCCCGCUCGUGCAGUCUUCGUUGGGGGACUAUGGUUUAUGGGUAUCGUAUCGUUCUACCUGCCUGGUACCGUAUAGAUUACCGUACGUGACGAGUACUCUUCGUAGUUGGACGGGCUCUCAUCUCCUCGGCUCGCAUCUCGGCUCGCAUCUGUUCGUUCUACUUCUACUUCGCCAUGCUCCCGGUUUCCGAGCGUUACCACCCUCAUUUCUCCAUCCCGCUUGCCGGCUCAUGCUUUGGCUUAACCCGUCAAUUCCGUGUAGUAUGUAAGUAUGGUAUUCUGUCGUGCGCCUGCCGAUAUCACCUCGCCGCAUGUAGUGUGUAUUGUAGCCCUAUGUCCAUAUGUCUCGCUAUAUCCCGUUCGCAUCCUACUGUCGCACCUACUACUCCCCGCACUGACUAAAACUGAAACGUAACACCUACGUUGUACCGCUGUCCCCCUCCCUUGACGUGCACGCUCCGCGAACCGCUCGCAUGCGCCGCUUCCCGACUUGUUUGCAAUUUGUGUAGGCCCCGAGAAGUUAUUUAGCACAUUAGACUUUCUCCGAAGUACGCCGACGGCCGCCGUGGCGAACUGCCACCGUGGAGCGCAGGCCGAGACGGGGUCUCCGGGGUAAGUAUGCGAUCGGCCUCGGACCCGCACGGAGGGCGCGGUUGAUGCGCCUCUUGAUGCGCUCUGCGUGAUAUCGGGGCCGAUCGAGCACGCGUCCAGGCGUCGUCUAUAGCGACCGAUCUGGGCCUCGGUGUUCGUGCCUGGUCACUUUAGGUCGGCGAUCCGGCGACCCUUGCUGGUGUUCUCCAAGGUCUCUCAGUUUGCAUGUCAAUAACAUCCUCA